AUGAGUUCACCGAAAUGCCAUCUUAACCCCAUUUGCAGGUGUCCGGUCCUCGCGGAGAUAGAAACGCAGCCCACUCAGGGUGGCGGGAGCACAAAGAUCACCAAUGAUGGUAAACCAGUGCAGGUCGACCUCGAGGUUGCGGGUUGUGGCGGUCUACCGCCGUUUGCUGACGGCCGGUACUUCCCCGCUAAAAUACACAAGUUCGAGAAUGGCAUGGUUCUUGUGGAAAAAACCCAUCUCCAACCGCAAGAUACAAUUCGCGUGACUGUGUACUCUGACAAAUCAAAGGCCAUUAGGUCUGCAUAUUUUGAAGUCUUCCAGUUAACUUACCUGCCGGAGCUUGAAAUGAGUGCCAAUGCGGAUGUUGAAGAUAAGAAAGAUGAACCUGGUUGUGUAUCUAUUGGCAAAUCAAAGAAGGUUUCAGUUAAAAAGGGGUAUUCCAAGCAAUAUGUUUCCAAAGUGGGUGAAAAGUUUCCACCCAAUUUGGACACUCCCGGCCGAGUGGAUCAAAAGCACGACGAUCGACAACAAAUAAAGGAAGAAGAACGGAAGGCUGGUUGCUUUAUGGAUCUGCCACUACCAACUAAACCAAAAACAUUGGACCAAAGCAUUGAUGCGGCGGGAAUAAGGAUUGAAUAUCUCUUGCGCAUUCACUUGGAUAUAAAGGGUGAAAAGGAGUGCACAAAAAUAGACCAACCGAUAACAAUUUCGUCGGAGCUCCUGCCAAACUACAAGAUGCGGUACAUCAAAUUUACCGAAUAA